AUGGUUGCUGAAAUAGGUAAUUACGGGUCAUUGGUCGACGGAGUACAAGAGAGAGAGCGAAAGCGGAAGCAAGCGGAGGUCGAGGUGAGGCGGGAGCUGGAGGAUAGAGAGAGGAGGGAGAGGGAGAGAGAUGAUGGAGAGAAGCAUGAGAUGGGUUGUGAUAGGGAUUGGGAAUUAAAUUUUUGCCGUGAGGGAGACCCAGCGGAGCGGCGAACUGGAGACAGAGAGAGGUACGCCUGGACUUUUGCAGCUUUUAUUUUUUACGUAACACCAAUUGUAGUUGUGGGACUUAGGAAGGGUAUGAUCAUUUCAUCCGCAUUGAUUAUAUGGAAAACGUUGGUGUGCAUUACUGGAAGCGAGUCACUGGUUGUUGUUCUUUUUGAAAGCAUGGAGUCUGGAUUUGCUAGGUGGAUUGUAGAAAACCCACUGCUAUGA